UUUUUUUUUUCUUCCUUCCAGAAAGCGCUCGCGCGACAGGGCGAGAACAUUCCAUCGGAAAAAGAGAGAGAAAACAUUCCGAACUUUAGCUUUAGCUAAAGGUGAUUAGUUUGUUUACCGCACGCGCCAUGGCUCAUAAACAAAUCUACUACUCUGAUAAAUACAACGACGACCUCUACGAGUACAGGCAUGUCGUUUUGCCACGAGAGCUGGCUAAGCAAGUGCCCAAGUCCCACCUGAUGUCUGAGGACGAGUGGAGGAGGCUUGGCGUCCAGCAGUCUCUUGGAUGGGUGCAUUACAUGAUUCACGAACCUGAACCUCACAUCCUGUUAUUUCGAAGGCCUCUUCCAAAGUAGCAGUGACCGUGAGACCCUGUGAUUCUCUGGAGCCUUCCUGCGGAUUAUUCUGGUAUUCAGUGAAUACUUGCGACCUUUAAGAUUACAACCUCCUGUGCAUUUAGCUGGAUUUUUUACAGCGCCUACGCUCAGAGAAUCAAGCCCAUGCUAAACCAUGUUUCACUGUUCAGGAUAUUUUUUAAACAAGGCGUCUUAAAUAUUUUUCGAUAAUGAUUCUGCCCGGUAAAAAUGAUCAGUAUUGCUCUUUGCUACGUCUUUAGCAUCCGUAUCAUAGAAGUCAUCUUUCUGUGACCGAAGUUGAGAGAGAACGCGUUUUUCUUUUUCCUCCACAGCUUUUUAGUUAGCUUGUAUUUCUAGUACUGAGUCUGGAUGAGGAGCACAUUCACCAGGUUUUGUGAAUAAUACUUUAAGAAAGGCAAUCAAAGAAAGUGUACGCUAGUCCUUGUCUUAUAUCAAUUGAUUUGACUUAUGAAGAGUCAGGUUCUUGAUUUGAUUACCAAGCAAAGCACUGCGAUGUGGAGAGAACUAACGCUGGGGAAUAAAACCACAGAUUUUUGUUUGUUUGUUUUUUAUUAAAGGUAAAAUAGCCACAAAUGCCUAAACUGCUGUAAUGUUGUCUGGAUUAAACUGUAAACGUUGACGUUUCUGUAUGAAGUGUUGUACACGGAGAUCGCGAGGAGCGAGGUUUUGCUGUAAACGUGCCUUGAAGUGCAAAGUAAAGUUAAUUUUAAGGAAAAUGUUGACAUUCAGUAAUGGAAAAUGACUGCAUUUUAUGUCGUCAAGAUGAGGGGAAAAAUGACCAUUGUGAAGCCAGCAUGUCUUGUACAAUCUAAUAAUAAAUAUAAUUCCUUUUUCAUAUUGAA